UGGAGCGAGCGGCGACGAGCGAGCCGAGAGCAGCGGGCCUCUGGCCCCGGAGCCCGGCACGCCUCUGCGGUCUUCGCGCCGUGGCCUCGGCGGGUAACUCUCCCCCGCCCGCUUCGCUGCGGCACUUACAAGUGAAGAAGCAGCACGACCUUUUGUCUUGGAUAAUUUCUAGUGGAGAGGCUCCAACAAUUUAGCAGCAGCCUCCUGGGCCUCCAGCACCCUUACCACAUUCUACAUCCUCAGGGGACAGAGGGCCUUUGGGAACAGACCCCUAAAAGAAUAGGUGGGCCAGCCAUGAGAGGGUACCUUGUGGCCAUCUUCCUGAGUGCUGUCUUCCUCUAUUAUGUGCUGCAUUGUAUAUUGUGGGGAACAAAUGCCUAUGGGGUGCCACCUGUGGAAAUGAAGAAGAGAAAUAAGAUCCAGCCUUGUUUAUCAAAGCCAGCUUUUGCCUCUCUCCUGAGGUUUCAUCAGUUUCACCCUUUUCUGUGUGCAGCUGAUUUUAAAAAUACUGCUUCCUUCUAUGGUAGCGAUAAGUUUGAUUUGCCCUAUGGGAUAAGAACAUCAGCCGAAUACUUUCGACUUGCUCUUUCAAAACUGCAGAGUUGUGAUCUCUUUGAUGAGUUUGACAAUGUGCCAUGUAAAAAAUGUGUGGUGGUUGGUAAUGGAGGAGUUUUGAAGAAUAAGACGUUAGGAGAAAAAAUUGACUCCUAUGAUGUAAUAAUAAGAAUGAAUAAUGGUCCUAUUUUAGGACAUGAAGAGGAAGUUGGGAGAAGGACUACCUUCCGACUUUUUUAUCCAGAAUCUGUUUUUUCAGAUCCCAAUCACAAUGAUCCCAAUACUACGGUGAUUCUCACUGCUUUUAAGCCGCUUGAUUUAAAGUGGCUGUGGGAAUUGUUGACAGGUGGCAAAAUAAACAUUAAUGGUUUUUGGAAGAAACCAGCAUUAAAUCUGAUCUAUAAACCUUAUCAAAUCAGAAUAUUAGAUCCUUUCAUUAUCAGAACAGCAGCUUAUGAACUGCUUCAUUUCCCGAAAGUGUUUCCCAAAAAUCAGAAACCCAAACACCCAACAACAGGAAUUAUUGCCAUUACAUUGGCAUUUCACAUAUGUCAUGAAGUUCACCUUGCUGGUUUUAAGUACAACUUUUCUGACCUCAAGAGUCCUUUGCACUACUUUGGGAAUGCCACCAUGUCUUUGAUGAAUAAGAAUGCGUAUCACAAUGUGACUGCAGAGCAGCUCUUUUUGAAGGACAUUAUAGAAAAAAACUUUGUAAUCGACUUGACUCAAGAUUGACCCUACAGACUCAGAAGAUGAUGCUAACAGUAUUAGUUUUAUUUUUACACUGCAAUUUUUAGUUUAUUUUUAAAUAUGUUGGAUGUACUUGUCAAGAAAUUAUGUAUAGUAAGUCUUGCUGCCUGGUGCCUCAUAACCACCAGCUUAAUUUCUGUGAAUAUAUUUAAUUUAUGGAAACCAAGACAUGCUAAGAUAUCAGGGAGAGUGAAUUUUUCAUUGCAUUGUUUUAAAAAUAAGCUAGUUUUCUGAGGUGUUUUUAAGUAUCUUUUUAUAGUUACUUCAUCUUAGACUUUUGAAGGGAUGUGACUUCCUAAUAAGUAAGGGGAUUUAGUUUACCACAGCAGAUUUUGAAUGUAACGUGACAUUUGAGAGGUUUAUCAUCUGCCUCCUGUAAAUUGGUGGGGAGCUGGCAUGCGGUGGUGCCUUGAAUGUGGCAUACUGGAACCACUUCAGGCCUCUGUAUCUCUCUCUGGAUAAUUGUUUGGUUCUUUUGUUCUACCUGAGGAACCUGACUGGAAUCUUAAACCAGACCCGAAGCAUGGAUGAUUAGGGAAAUCUAAGAUCAUACCGGCUUAAUGAAGCAUUUUUUUCUACAGUUAAGUUAAACCAUGAUUAUGAUGAGUAGUUUGGUAGAAUGAAGAUGUUUUUUAAGUCAAAAGAAAUAGGAUAAAUAUGAAACUCUGGAUACGUAAAUAACCAAAGAAAGAAAGAAAGAAUGCAAUUCCUAAAGUCUGGUGACUGCAUUAUUUUAAAGAAAGAAAGUUUAUACAAAGAAGCUGAACUAGGCAAGCUCAAGAAGGAGAAAAUUCUUAAAAACAUUUUUUGCCUGGUUUAAUUUAUUCAUUAAAAUUUCGAAGUUUACUGGAAGUAAAUUAGGAAAGACAAGACAUGAAUGAGUAAAAACCUUUAAGAAGAGUCAGUCAAGCUUUUUCUGGAUUUAAAUGGCAUUUUCAUGAGAAACCAAUUGUCCACAUGAUUAAAUCGCAUCUUCAGAUGGAAAGCUUACCUAGGGUGCACCAGCGGAAGAGUGUUGUGGAUUGCAAACAAGCCAGUUGGACAAAAGUGUGCCAAAAAAGAAGAGGAGGAGAUGAGAAGAAACUAGUCACAAGUUGGAUUAAAUGAGAAUUGGUGCCACAGUUGACCUAAAAGUAUCCAACUCUUAGAUUUUGCAGUUUAGGGACUUCAAGUUCAGAACUGAAAGGCAGAGCCAGUAGGUAACAAUGUGGAGCCCAGGGAAAGAAGUUCAAGCUUUAUCACAUUCCAUAGAAUUACAGCCACAUUCAUAUUUAAACGAGCUCAUUUUCUGCUCCCUCCAGUGUGGGGGUGGGGGCGGGGAGGGCAAGUGUAUACAUAACAUCCUAAUUUCAGUUACUGUAUAAAUCCUCUGCUCGAACCAUUUCAACAGCGAAUAAACCCAUUGUUCAAUACAAAGUGCAAACAGUGAAACGUGAACUUAAAUAACUGGGCUAGACCCUGCAUACCAAUAGGAUCUAUUUAGAUUUACAGCUUUCAAUAAAAUAUAAAUCAGCAUUCACAAUAUCUUCCCUUUAACUGUGCCGGUUCCCAAGAUCAAGUAACAGCGAAGCCAGUGUAAUUUUAUGAAACCUUAAGGGCCACAUUUCCUGCACCACUGUCUGAUUCUACUUUUAUAACUGCAUUAACAGGAAAGAAUUUAAUCCAAUAAGCCACAGUGAGUUAAGUCUUUUACAUGUUUCAAGCAAAGAAUAAAAAUUCCAAGGGAAUUUUGUAAAAAAUGGUUACUUUCACAUUUUCAGUUGUUACUUGAUUGUCUCCAAAGCUGUAUAUAUAGCAGACAUAGUAACAUUAGAAGAAAAAAAAAAAACCCAAAACAAAACUCUAAUAUGAAAACAUACGAAUUAAAAGAAAAAGUACAAACCAGUACAACCCUUUGUAUCAGGCUCAGCUCUUCAUUUGGAAAGUAAAAUAUAUAAUAGUAGUAAAAACUAGGUAUUUUAUAAAAAUUAUUGGUAGUUCAAAAACAGCACAGUGGCAAUAUAUGAAUCAAGUCUUAAAACAUGCAUUAUUUAAGAAAACAUUUGCUUCUCAAAAAAAAGUUCUAUGGGAAAACAAUCAGGUACACACAAAAAUAGUAAGCAUCUUUGGAAAAAUGAAAGUUACUGAAAUCAUUUCACUUAAAGCUUCAAACAGGCAUAUGAUUUGAGAAAAAGUAUAUUUUUGCAUACUAAGGAUGAAUAAAAAAAUAAAGCAAUUGGUUUACUCUCUUCCCACCUGAAAGGGGAUGACUGCAUUAAUACAUGUGCUUUACACAUUCAUAGGUUUUAAUAAAAGUUCAACAUCUGUGCUUUUUGUUUCAAACAUUUUGAAACAAAAUGUGUAUUGGUUUUUCAGUGAAUAAAAUUAUGCCUCAAAAGUCUGUUGGAAAAAGGAAAAGCCACUGAAAAUAAGACCAACAAAAUCAUACAACUAGAAGGCGGGGAGGCUGUAGAAACAGGCAGUUCUGUUUUGAAGCAACGUUUUACAAUACUGAUAGACUCACGGAAGCAAGCAAAAUGAACACCGUACAUCAUUAGUCAAAUUUAGCAUAUUCUGCCAUCAUCUGGUGGCACAGGCUAAAAGAAACGACUAGAACCUGAUGGGGAAGUAUAUUUCAAUAUUAAGUCUGCAAACUAAGGUUUAUACUGAUUGAUACAAGAGGGGAUGCCAAGUUUAUACAUUUUAAUCAUGGUCAGCUUCCAUAUCAUCUUACCAGUCUAAAGACUUUUAAAGAUGGUUUCUACACUAACGCUAAUAAGCUGCACAUGGUUUCUAUUUCAGUCAUUUAAACUAGUUCUGGGCAAAUGGUGACAAAGAAGUUGCCCAGAGGUAUCAAAAACAAGACAGGGAUUUUCCCUUGCUAGGAUGCUGAGACAUUUGUUCCCUAGGUAUGAUAUAAAGGACCGCACCCCCUACCACAUAGAUGGCAUAAUCACACAGAGCUGAAGAAUACAUGCUGGGUUUACAUUUCGUAUAGUAGUUUACUGUGGAAAACAAGUAUUUCUUUAUUCCACUAAAAACAACAAAUUACCUUGAGAUUCAAAGAAUAACCUGUAUACAUAAAACCAAAGAGGACAAAUUCGGUUACUUUUUUUGGCGGCUGGGGGUGGUGAUUUAUAUGACUCCCCAGGAGUCAUGAUUUUGCCUUUCACCGUGAUAAAUAUAAGUGGGUAUUGUUUAGUGUUCACUUUUAGAAACCCUCAACUUUUCACAACUCUCCUAGGAAAAAUUCCAUUGCAAGUAAAGUUCGGGGCGGAGAAUCUCCUUUACAACUUCUUAAAUUUGUAAAGUUGUUCCCGUUUUCACAUGGAAACGUUAGGGAAUCUGAAAUAAUGGGGUUGAUAAAGCAAGCAUCACCCACUGAAAAAACUCAAGCAUUUAUAAACACAAGAACGGGGCUGGCCGCCAAGGGCCCCAGGUGGAACAAGCAGGGAUGAGGCCAAGUUGUGUACUAUGAAAUGUUAAAGCUCGUUAGAGUGUCAGAAAGUGAAAAAUCACUCUGCUCACUACAGGUCAGUUUCCCAGCUAUAGCUCUUCCUAAGGAAAGAUGGAUAAGUAUAUGCGACUGCAAUCAAAACAAGGAUAUGUCACUAUUUUAAAAAAAAAAUUCAAAAAGCAAUAUAGGAAUAGAAGAGGAAGAAGUCACGAUAGUACCCACCUUUCACAAAGAGCAGAAUUUCAAGCCAUCAGACAUUUUAUAACAGUACCAUGCGUUAUUGCCAGAAAGGCUUACAGAGCCAUCUCGAGUUCAUCAAUGUAACUGCAGCAUUGGUAAUAAAUACUCUCAGUGAUU